AUGGAACCAGAACAUGUUGCGAAAAUUUGCGGGUACGCUUCUGCGACGUUUUACUUUUUAGUUGAUUUGCCACAGAUAUAUUUAAAUUUCCGUACGAAAUCAACAGAAGGAUUCAGUUCUUUAGCAGUUUGCCUAAGAAUGAUAGGAAAUUCAUUUAAUUUUGCGCUCUGUUUUGCAGAAAAAAGAUCAUUAGAACUUAUUUUCCCGUCAUUGAUUCUAUUUGUCGUACAUCUUAUUCAGAUUUUCCAAUUUGUUUGGACAAGGCGUGCCAAACCAUAUCUUAUCUUUUAUUCAAUACCAGUUGUAGCGUUUCUUGUUGUUUUUCUCAUUCCUUCCUCAAAUUUCAUCACAAGAUACUUUAAUUCGGCUUCACAAGUAAUUUGCUCAGUUCCAUACUUUUACGCAUGCAUAAGAAUACGAUCUACAUUAGGAAUUUCAUUAUUUGGUUUACAUUUGAAUUUCACUGCUUCAAUUCUUGGAAUUUUAAUGUGUAUGAUUAACUGUCAACCAGAUAAUGUGAUAUGGAUGUUCUAUUUCAUAUCAGUUAUGUACUCUGUCAUUGGUUUUGGCCUAGCUUUUGCAUAUGAUGAAUACAGAAUCUUUGAUUCUGCAUCCAAGCACUCCAAGAAGGAUGUUCUCAGAUUGGAACCUAUUUAA